CCCGCUCUCUACUCGCUUCUCGCCUCGAGGGAGGCAGGAGGAGAGAGGCGCGUGGGGAUGUACCGCGACAACAAGUGCUCGUUCGGGGCACCUAGUCGGAGCCGGCGGGGACGGGCAGCGGCGCUUUGCUCCCGAUGGAGUCAAACCUCUGGAAAAGGUUUUUGUGUGCCUUGCUUCCUUUCUCUUACUGCACUUGGAGGAAAGCUGAGAGCUGCCCCUUUGAACCGUCUAGGUUCCGAGAGAUGAUUUCAUGGCCAGAGGCAGAGAUGGGAUUCCAGGAAGUGCUGUUCUUUUUUUUCUUUUCUUUUUUUUCCCUACUGGGAUGCUCAGAUUUCCACAGGAGAAUACAGAUCCUGGGGGACUUGAGCUCAGAGGAAUAUGCUGGCUCCUUUCUGAUUAGAUUUUUGCAUUUGAGUCCUGAUGAAUGUGAGAUGCCAAGUUUGACUUUGCCCUUUUGAAUGGCAUUUUGCAGGGGGUUGAUAGUUUUGCCCUUGAGUGCGGGAAGUGUUGAAGGAUCUGUGUGAUUGAGCUUUCUUUUCUUUUUUUUUUCAAAAUUUGCAAAAGGUUAAUUCCUAAAAGCGGAUUAGAAUGCCUAAUUGGUUUAAGAUAAGCAGAAUUUAGCUUUAAGUGGCUGGUUAAAGCCUUCACAUUGACUGUUUCCAUCCGCUUGCAGAGAUACUGGAUAAAAAUCAGGGUAAUGACUAUAAUCUUCAUUGCAGUUCUGCUCCAUUUCCCUUUGUCUCACAACAGAUGAUCUACUGAUGAACCUGCCUCUCCUCUUCCUAUGGCAAAUGCGGCAUCUCCAAGUAAAUUUAUUUAACUGAGUGGUGGUGGCUGUAUCUGAAGUCAGCAAAAUGGGAGCCAAAGGUCAGAAGUUGUGGGUUAAGUCACCUCACAACCACUGAGGUUGCAACUUGGCUGCACUUGCCAAAACUACAGAAAUGUAAAUGGUAAAACGGACUUGUGCUCUGAAGCACCCAUGGAAAUCUUGCAAAUCACCAAAGAGGGAGCUCCAUCAGCUGAGGGCCACGGUGUAGGUUUGGGCUUGCAUGCUAUAUCAUGCCAGGGCCAUCCUGAUGAAAGUGGGGCAAAGACUACAUUCCUAGUUGUGACUGCUGAAUGCUGUGAACACCAUUGUAAAGCUGCUGUACAGGAAGCCAAGGAAGAUGUUGCUCAGCCCUCUCUCUCCCUCCUUGCUGUAUCAUCAUUGUCCCCAGAAAUUACGACAAUGGGUCAUUUCACCUGCUCCAGCUUUUCAAAGGGAGAGAAGGAGACUGCCCCCCAAAAUGCCUGUUGCUGUGAAUCGGAGACGUCUUUCACCUGUUUGGAUGAAAACACCAACCACCUAAAUCACCCAGGGAGUCUUGUACAUCGUAGCUGUUGCCAAGACCAGGAGUUCCUUCCCCACCCUGAGCCUGACACAGAGAUGCCUCCAGAAUGGCCCCAUGAUCCAUCUUCCUUCAUUUCCGAGGAAGAAGAUGAUGCUGGCUCUGAAGCUGCUGGUGGAAAAUCUAUUGAUUACAGCUUUAUCAGUGCCAUCUUGUUCUUGGUCCUUGGGAUUUUGUUGGUGAUUGUUUCCUACGUGGUGCCCAGAGAUGUAACUGUGGAUCCCAGCACAGUGGCAGCACGAGAGAUGGAGCGCCUAGAGAAGAAGAGUGCCCGGAUUGGGGCUCACCUAGAUCGGUGUGUAAUUGCUGGGCUUUGUCUGUUGACCUUGGGAGGUGUUGUGUUGUCUAGUUUACUGAUGCUGCAAAUGUGGAAAGGAGAACUCUACAGGAGGAACCGAUUUGCAGCUUCCAAAGAGUCGGCCAAACUGUAUGGAUCUUUCAAUUUCCGAGUGAAAACCUCUACAAGUGAUAAUAUGGAGUUAUCACUCGUGGAAGAGGAAGCUCUUGCUGUAACAAGUUAGCCUGGCCUUGAUAUAAUGAAGCAGCAAAAAAUGGGAAUAGGGGAUAAUUUGCAUUAAAUGGAGCAAAGGAUCCUUAAAAUAGCUAGCGCUACUGACAAAAGCUCCUUUGCCAACACAUUAAAGGAAAUUUUGCAUUAUAUAGAUGUAUAAUGUUAAGCAGGGAAAGAGAAAGAACACAUUCAAAGUAGGAUAUACAGGUAGUCGGUAACUUACAACCAUUCAUUCAGUUACCAUUCAAAGGUACAACAGCACUGAAAAAAGUGAUUGAUGAUUAUUUUUUUCACACUUACAACCAUUGCAGUAUUCCCAUGGACACA